AUGGCUGACAGUACCGCAGAUCUGUCGUGGAGAGAUCAGAUCGUCUUCAGCCCAGCUCAUCAAGACCCUGCGAAGGCGCCGGCUGUUCCUAUCGCUGCCCUCGAAAACUCCACCACUGCGUCAAUUCCCGCUGUCUCCGUCUUCAACCCACGGGGCUUGAACACUUUCCAGAAGCGUCAAGCUCUUCGCUGUGAUGAUGGACCUUGUAUCGACGGCAGCUGUUGCAGCAAGGAGAAAAUCUGCGGUUACGGCCCUUCCUACUGCGGUGCUGGCAACUGUACAUCGCAAUGCGAUGCGACAGCCAUGUGUGGAGAGUACAGCGAGAACGCCGAAAUGCCAUGUGGGAGUGGAAGCUCCUCCAAGCGCAAGGUCGGAUACUAUCAGUCUUGGAACGUUCGCGAUCGGAGGUGUAACAAGGUGUCACCAUCGCAGCUUGACACAACGGGUUACACCCAUCUCUUCUACUCAUUUGCAUUUAUCGACCCCAAGACGUUCAGAAUCACGCCAGCCCAUUCAGACGAUGACAGCAUGAUGAGGGAGUUCACGAAACUCUCGAAGGACGGCAAGCUGCAGACUUGGAUUGCUAUUGGCGGGUUCGACUUUAGCAAUCCUGAAGUCGCGACGCAUACCACUUGGAGCGACAUGGUCUCUACAAAGGCCAACAGGGCUGCUUUCAUAGCAUCUGUUAAGGAGUACAUGGACACGUAUGGGUUCCAGGGAGUCGAUCUCGAUUGGGAAUAUCCGGGUGCUCCUGAGCGAGGUGGCCGCAAGCUGGCAGACGUGCGAAACUUCCCAAUGUUGCUCCGGGAGAUGCGAGCCGCGUACGGAAGCAGCUAUGGCAUCAGUUUGACUCUUGCACCUGACUACUGGUACCUGCGAUGGUUCGAUGCGAAGGCCAUGGAGCCGAGUGUUGACUUCUUCGGCUUCAUGGCUUACGACUUACAUGGCUCAUGGGAUGCUGAUGUCUUGGCACUUGGGAAGAAAGUCCGCGGUCAGGCAGACAUUCGUGAGAUUGCCAAUAACACCAUACCCCUGUGGUUCGAUGGCCUCGACCCAAAGAAGAUCAAUUUCGGCCUUGCCAUGUACGGUCGUGGCUACACUCUGGCAGAUCCAAAGUGCAAUCAACUUCUCUGCCCCUUCUCCGGCCCGAGCAAACCGGCUCCCUGCACAGCCUUCGGAGGUGUCAUGUCUCUCGUCGAGAUCAAACAGCUCAUCAAGGAACGCGGCAUUACUCCACAGUAUCUUUCUGACUCUAUGAUGAAGCAGAUCACAUGGGACGACCAGUGGAUCGGCUACGAUGACGAAGAAACCUUUGCCGCCAAACAAGCAUUUGCGGACGGCAUGUGCUUCGGUGGAACAAUGGUCUGGAGUAUUGACUUCCAAGUCCCUGGUUCAGGCGGGCACGACCAGAAUGAAAACACGGUGUAUCUUGAUCCCAAGGUCUACGAAGUUAGUCUCGACCUUCCACCAUUCGUGACCACUAUCACCGGUCCUGGCGGUGUUCAGACGAGAACGCUUCUACUGCCGCCGUGGCCGCAAAUUACCAACGGGCCGCCUGAAAGCUGGACCACAUCAGGAAACUCAUGGACGAAUCCGGGUGUCACAGGCGUGCCAGUACCUACGGACGUGAUCCCCCUUCCACCGCCAGCGAUUGUCACGAAGACUCCUUACACGGGUCCCGGAGGGUCGGUCGACCCUUCGGGUACAUGGCCCUCAUCGUUUGAUAUUCAGCCCAUUACUACAGCCGUUCCUGAUGAAGGUGAAGAUGAUGAUGACGAUGGUCCAAAAUCCAAGUCUACGUGCAACCUAUGGUUCUUCUGGACCUGUAUUGACAUUGGUGGAAUCAAGAUUGGUGGGUGGGAGUGGAAUUUACCACAGGGCAUCUGGGGACCCGGGCCACCACCUAUUGGACGCAUCAAUCCUCCUCCAGGUUUUACGUUCAAAGGGAACUUGCCAAACUGGCCGAAAAUCACCGUUGGGCCCGGCGGCAAGGUGACUGCACCUCCUAAGCCAGCAAGUUGCACUCCAGCAGAGGCAUCGCUUUGCGCCACAACAACCUCGUUCGGGACGACCGUGCAGAAUGGGGUAACAAGAACGACAACAACGCAAGUCAAAGAGACUUGUGCCACCAUUACUGGGUGCAACCUUCGUGACAUAGACUCCACAGAGACCGGAAAAGCAUGCAGUCUGGCGAAACGAACUAUCAAUCUCACCGGCGUGCGGUUGCCCGACAUGACUGCCGCAGCCGAGCCACCCCCUAACAUCGCAAAGAGGGCAAACAGUAUCUGGGACUGUGAGGAAACCGGCGAAGACGGCAUUAUUUGGCCACAAGACCCGAAGGAAGGAGGGCAAACACGCAUUCGCGCUUUGCUUCAAGAAAGAAAGGAUGCUCUUGGGGGUACCCACAGCUGGACGGAAGUCCGCGCAGGAGAUCUGGACUACACGGCAUUUUACUACGUCGAUAACAUGGGUCCAGUCGCGCAAGCGUAUUUCGAUUCGGACGAAGUCAAAGAGAUCAACAGAGCUUACAACUAUCGUGCAGAUAUCGCACCCAGGUUAUCCAGAGCCCAGCGUAGGCGCAACAGAGGAAAGAGGUCUGCUAAAGCGAGCGACAGCCGUAGAGAUACACGGAUACGAGAUGAAACGCCAGCAAGUGAUGGAGCUGAAAAGUUGGACGAAGCCGCCGAGUUAUUGAACAAUGAGACAUCCGACAUCGCCAAGCGGGCAACCAGUCCGGAGAUCAGUGACAGAUGGCAUCUGUCUCAUAUCUCUAUCCCCGAACGAGUAGACUGGGAUGUGGACGAUGACCCGCAUAUUCCCUCCCAGAAUAAGCUUGCGUAUUAUUUCAACAACAGGGAGGGAUCUGGGCAGACGGUUUACAUUAUGGAGGAACGUACGAGUCAGAGCGGAGAAUUCACAGGGCAGCUGAAAGCACCUCUUUCACCACAUAGCUAUCUCAGCUCUAUGUGGUACGACGACGAUCCUGACGAUGUGACGGAAAUGCGGCGACACGGGACCGUCAUAUCUGCCAUGGUUGGGGGUGUAGCCUCGGGGAUUGCACGACAGGCGAGUUUGGUGGUAGUGCCAACAAAACUGGAAGUGGAAGAGGACUGGCCGCUCGAAAUCUUCCUUGCAUCCCUUGUUGCAAUCUCACAAGAUAUUGUCAAGGAAAAGAAGUCUCAAGACACGACAAUCGUCAACAUGUCGUUCGGUAUCCCUAUGAAAUACGCAGAGCCGCAUUUCUGGACCAUCAUGCGUCAAUUAAUGGUACUCAUGGAGGCAAAAUACGGGACCGUUUUUGUUGCUGCAUCUGGCAAUGCGGAGCCGGAUCCUGCCGAUGGACCUCUGGUAGACCCGGGGGUCUUUAUUGAUGCGAAUUCCAUGCCAUACGAAGCCAUGCCUUAUGUUCCUGGCAUGAUGGUUGUCGGUGCUUCCAACAGAGAAGGGUAUCGGCGAAAGCUGAGUAUGGUAGGGACGAACGUCGAAUUCUGGGCUCCUGGUGAGCAGCUCCCAUAUCCUUUGGGCGUCAGUAACCGGCGCCAAAUCAAUGGCGGAUCACCUGCUGCUGGCCUUGUCUCUGGACUUGUUGCGAGCUUGCGCUCAGAUCCAACCUUCAGUAACUUUGUCAAGCCGGCACAGCUCAAGCAGCAAUUGAAGUCAUUAGCCCGCGCUAUUUCCUACCAGGGUGUUACCAAUGCCGAUAAGCCUGUCGUUGUUUACAAUGGACAGAGAAAGGACCAGUCUUGCCUACCAAAUUCGAAUGCCGGCGUCGUCUCAGAGCGCCGGCUAUCCAUACGGCAGGUUGAAUCGUGCCCUCUUCCAGGACAGCCGGGCAAUCCAGAAGGGGUCCCCGUGCCAUCGCUCACUUACAAGCCUGGUCCUCCCGGUCCCUUGUGUACCGCAAACUGUGGUAGGCUCUGUGAGGGAUUCUUCUGUGUACCGCAGCCGACAGGAACACCGCCCGAGUUCACGCCUCCAUCCAAUCCCGGGGCUACCGGCCCUGGCUGGGUUCCGCCUCCGCCAGUCACCCUGCCCAACCUCCCUACACUACCACCAAGUGAGCCGGGUGUCACACCAGGCCCUGGUACCGUCUGUCUCUCCUCGGCGACUGUCACGCAGUGCAAUGGAAGGCCCGGUCAGGCAGUUUGCGUGACCAGCACAUCCUGUGCCAGCUUCGGCACUUUAGGACCGUUCCCCACUCUGCCUCCAUCUGUUACGAGCCCUCCUGGUGGCAGUUGUGUCUCGACUGCGACGUGGGUCAUCACAGGCGGUCCAAAGGGCGAGGCGACUGUAACUACGAGCGGCUGCGGGAAAUGGACUGUUCCGUCAGCCCCUGAGCCAACGCCCAACCCACCAUCGCCACCACCACCACCAGAGCGCAACCACGGCGUUGUGGUCAUCAGCUAUUAUGAAUUCGGGCAGUUUACCGUGGGCGGUACUUUCUGGACUCGAGAGCACAGAGCCUUCUCUGUUCCGUUCGGAGGGCAGAUCAAGCAAUGCAGCGCAUCGGCGAUAGCCUCACAGAGUGCCCCCGGCGUCCUCGCUUCAGCGAAGCUGCCGACCAAAAUGGGGCCUUUCCAGGCUGAGGGGCGCACGUGCGAGUACUCUGGCUCACCUGACAGCCCUGGCCAGCUGAGCUGUGACGGACUGCCGACUGUCUCCUGUGAGCGCGCUUCGCAGACUGAUAUCUGUGGUUCCGGAACUCCUAUCAUGGAAGCACUGGCUUUCUGUAGAUUCUAG